AGAGUCCCCCCACACCCCAGUCCAACACUGAGUCAGAUUCAGCUCACUCCUCUCCACCUCGACCUGCCAUCAUCGUCACAGCUCCAUCACGAGAGGACCUCUAUGCCUCGCCAUCCACCGUGACUAUAGCUGACGCCAUCAAAGAGCGGAGGCCCUCUUCCACACCCUUCGUAGUAGGGAACAAAUUUGUGGCCAAUCGAUAACUCAGCAUGUCCUGCAGGAGUAUUCAAAGAAGAACUCAAAAUGGACUGCACAAAUACCACACAGUUGCAAAACCGCAUGGCAACGCGUUGAUGUACUCUGCCUGUUCAAACUCCGGGAAAGCACUUGGUUGUCCUGUUGGUGGCAUAAAACCAAAACACAAUGGCGGCGCCCGAGUGAGCUGCGGCCCGGCGAGUUAAAGCCAAAACGGACUCUACUCUUGUCUUCUAAGGCCGCAAACGAGUCGAAGGAAUGGACACCGUGGGAGAGGACGAACAGGACCCUAUAAAGCUCAAGUCUAUCAAGAACAAUAGAACAUUUACAGUGCCUCGAAAUGAUAGGUUUGGUAGCUGCAGAAGUGUUCGAGAGUUUGAGAAAUUUAACCGCAUCGGAGAAGGAACUUACGGUAUUGUGUACCGAGCGCGAGACACCAAGUCGGAUGAGAUUGUGGCGUUGAAGAAGGUCCGGAUGGACAAAGAGAAAGAUGGGAUCCCCAUCAGUAGCCUCCGGGAGAUCACCCUGCUGCUGAGGCUGAGACAUCCCAACAUAGUGGAGCUGAAGGAAGUGGUUGUUGGCAGUCAACUGGAGAGUCUGUUUCUGGUGAUGAGUUACUGCGAACAGGAUCUGGCCAGUCUGCUGGAAAACAUGCAGACGCCGUUCUCUGAGGCUCAGGUAAAGUGUAUCAUCCUUCAGUUGCUCAGAGGCUUGGAGUAUCUCCACCACAACUUCAUCAUACACAGGGACCUGAAGGUGUCUAAUCUGCUGAUGACGGACAACGGCUGCGUUAAGAUUGCUGAUUUUGGGUUGGCCCGGAUGUACGGCAUCCCCCAGCAGCCCAUGACGCCCCGAGUGGUCACACUGUGGUACAGAGCUCCAGAGCUCCUCCUAGGGACCAAGACCCAGACUACAGCUCUGGACAUGUGGGCCGUGGGCUGUAUCCUGGCUGAGCUGCUGGCUCACAAGCCUCUGCUGCCCGGGACCUCUGAGAUCCAGCAGGUGGACCUGAUAGUCCAGCUGCUGGGUACACCCAAUGAAAACAUCUGGCCGGGUUUUUCUCUGCUGCCCCUCAUCGGUCAGUACAGUCUGAGGAAGCAGCCGUACAACAACCUGAAGAACAAGUUCACCUGGCUGUCUGAAGCCGGACACAGACUGCUCAACCUGCUCUUCAUGUACAACCCACAGCGCAGAGCUACAGCCAAAGAUAGUUUGGAGAGUUCCUACUUCAAAGAGAAACCUCUACCCUGUGAACCAGACCUGAUGCCAACCUUCCCCCACCACCGCAACAAGCGGGCUGCCCCUCCGGCGGAGAGCCACUCCAAGCGGAGCAAAGUCUGAUGAUGAGACGUUGGACUCAAACACCACCCUGAGAUGGUGACAUUCUUAGGAAUGGACACAGAACUUAGUCUAUAUCCACAACGUUCCACUUCCGGGAUUAUUCAGGUGCCGCCUGAAAUUCUGUUGGAUGUGCGUCCCCUUCCUCUGUCUCUGUGUUGGCGUUCUAACCUCCGGUGGAUUUGUGAGGACUAUGGUGAACUGCUACUCA